AUGCCUGUGCUAGUGAUUACAGAAUUUGUUCAUGCCUCAGCAUUUGGCUUCACAAAAAUGGCUCUGAAAGUUGCAGCGCAAAAUGAAGAAGAAAAUAUGAUGGAAGUUCAGCAGAAUGAGUCAAUGCCAGGAAAUAUACAGCUUGAUCCUGAAGAGUGCGUGCAGUUGCAGCAGCAACAUAGGCAUAGUUUCGACGAUAAUAUGAAUCUGGUAGCUGUCAGCGUAGCAAACGGCGCACCGCACCGGUCUUCUUCGAAUGUGGAGGUGGAGCCUGCAGUUGAUUUUGGCUCGAGUACUUUGCUGGACAGUGAUAUUCUGGAUUCUUCGCUUAUUUCUGGCACGCAUAUGGCGGAUAGCAAAUUUUAUGGCACUGGUCACACGUUCUCUUUAUCGCAUUCUAUGGAAGACGUUUCAACUCAAGGCGGAGUACCUGCUUUGCCACCGGAAAACCUACUCGGUACGGAGAUGAGUCCUUCAAGGAUACUCGUACCAUCCGAUUUAUUUGGCUCCAGUAUCCUACUCGACAAUUCUUUCGGUGAACAAUUCCCAACAGAAAGUAUAAUAACUACACCAUCAAACAGCGCGCAGCAUUACAGCAGUUCAUUAUAUAACAGUACAAUUUGUCCAGAAUUGAGCGAUUUCAAGGAAACCUCGGUUCCUGGAAAUUACUCAUCUCUCGUUGUAAGCAGUAAUCCAGCGGUUACGUUACCCGACAGCCCCGGUUUCGUACGUAAUAAAAUACAUAAUGUGCUGGAUUUGGAGACAAGAAAUGCUACGUUAGCGUUGACAAGUGUGAUGGAGUCAUCAUCUUCGACCUGCAGUCUUAAUGAUUGUAUCACUCCAUUUUUCUUAGAACCUCAUGACACAGCUAUAGCUGGUUCUGCUGAUUACAAUGUUUCGCUGUAA